AAUAGCCGAAGAAUAAGAUAAGAGGUCUCUCCAUCAAGCUAAAAACAGCUGAGGAAUAAACAACAUGCAAGAUUGUGUGAACAUAUCGCCCAAAACCAAAAUAUUUUGGCUGAUUUUUCCGCUGAUUGCUCUUUGCUAUGCAGCAAAAAACAACAGCAGCGGCGGCAAGCCGAAUGGUAACAUGGGCACUCACCCAUAUCCGCCAUAUGGACUCUGUGCCUAUGGUGCUCCCUUUGGCGCACCAGGUAUACCAGGUAUUCCUGGGAGCCCAGGACCCGCGGGACCCACGGGCAUCGCAGGACCACCCGGUCCUCGAGGUUCCACGGGACCACAAGGGGACAAAGGCAACGCGGGAAAGCCUGGAAACCAAGGCCUCCCAGGUCAACAGGGACAUUCAGGAAAAAUGGGACCUCAAGGGUCCACGGGCCGACAGGGUCCACGAGGAACCAAAGGUGUGGCAGGGGAUAAAGGAAGCCAGGGAGCCCCAGGCCUCCAGGGACCUCCAGGAGCUUUGGGAACUAAUUGGAAACAGUGUGUUUUCAAAAAUUUGAAUGAAGGAAAGGACACUGGGUUAAUAAAGGAAUGCCUUUUCAUCAAAAAGUCGGCCAAAACAGCUCUGCGUGUUUUUUGGAAUGGCAACCUCCGCCUCGGUAACUGCCAUGAUUGCUGCAGACGAUGGUAUUUCACCUUAAACGGCGCAGAGUGCUCAGAUCCUGCUGCAAUUGAUGGCAUAGUCUAUAUGGUACAUGGAAAUAGCAACAAAAAGUAUUUAUACCGCCCCCGUCAUAUCGAGGGUGCGUGCGAGAAAGUCCACAAAGGUGUUGUGCGCGUGGGAUUCUGGGUCGGAAACUGUAACGGUUACGGAUCUGCUGACGCACGCACAGGCUGGAACUCAGUGUCCCGGAUCCACGUGGAAGAAGUACCACCCCCACAGGCAUAAUGUCUAAUACUACCAUGGUUGCAUAGUGGAAAGUUUGAAAUAACGCGCAUCAUUGCUCUAUGUCUAACAUCAAAAUACGAACGAUAGCACGAUUUAACAAUCCGGAUAAAUAGCCUUAGAUUUUAAAACAGUCUGGAUAAAUUGAAUAAAAUUGUGAAUCAGGCA